AUGAGUAUAAAUACAGAUCUCGCGACAGAGUUUAAAACAUCACUCCUAAACGCUUUACAAUCUCGUGAAAAUUCUGAGCAGCGAUCUAAAAAUGAUAAAAUUAGUGAAAAAAAGGAUGAUUUUGAGUUAGUAUUAGAUACUUCAGAUGAUAUAACUAAACUAGUUCAAGAGUUUUUCAAAGCUUCGCUGGCAGUUGGGAACACGGGGGAGCUUGUAAAUUAUAUUAUAUCGUUGCUCACCAUAGAUCCUCCGACUUGGGAGCGUAUAACUCUUAUUUUAUCGAUAUUUAAUGGUCUAAUCACUGACACGCCAACAACAUUUGGGCUGUUAUUGGCUCUUGGUGGUGAUAUUUCACAACAAUCUUCUACCCUCCAACCUGUUAUGCAUAUCACAAUUCCACAGAUUUUCAAAGACAUUGCAAGACUUCUUGAUAUUUCAUGUACUGAAUUGUGGAUGGGCGUGCUUUCAUUUAUGCGUACUAUUCUACAACAAAAUCCUAGAGCAAUGAUGGACAUUCCCCCAGAUCUAGCUACUGACAUUAUUAAAAAUAUUUUGCAACAAAUUGAUUUACUUCCAUCAUUUCUCGAUAAACAAAAGUAUAAAUGCGUUGAAAAAGGGCGCCAGAUGAUUGAAACCUUAUUAAUUGGUAAAGAUUGUGGAGGUACCGGUUGUGUCUCACACUAUCAGGUCAUUGAACAGCUGCAAAUAAUAUACGGAAUACCUGUUCUUGGACGUUUUAUCCAUGUUCAUUGGUCCAUGGAGCAAUUUGUGAAUGAGUUAUGUCAACGUCGCAAACGUCUCGCAUUUUUGAUGAUGCCACCCGACGCAUCGUGGCCAUUAAUUUCCCAAUACAGUCGACCUCAUGAAUACAUUGAUAUAACCCAUCUGCCUAUUUAUCAACCAUUUUCUUGUGAUUACGAACAAUUUAUAGAUGAAGGGCAUGCUACAAAAUUUUCUUCGCGAUUUCGUGACUUGUUAUUUCAACGCGCGUCUAUUGAAGAGUUCAAAGCUAUGGUAAAAUCUAUAAAACCAAGUACUCAAGGAAUAGAGCACAUGCGUACUGCUUUUUUUGAUAAAGUGUACAACGUUAUUAAGUUGAUUCAAUCUCAAUCAAACUUUGAAGAGCCCAGAAUAGAUCAACAUUCAAAUGAAGAUAUGCUUAGCCCUGAAAAUCUUGGAUUUUGGCAGCUUAUCAUUGAACUAGGUGAUCAAUUAUUUAGUUUGGUCGCAACAGAUUAUUUAAAAUAUGAGGAUGUUCUCUCAAAAUUUUACUACAUGGUUCAUCCUAAACAUGGUGAACACCAUAAAGCAGUUCCAAAAGAUAAUACUUUGAUCUGGCUACUGAUUCAACUUUUUUAUUUGGAUAAAGUUGGAGCUGCGAUUUCUGAAGACUUGAAGUCUGACGAAAGGCUGUUUAAAAUGCUUAUACAGUUAUACAAUGAGCAACAGAUUAGAUCCAGAGAUUCAUUUUUCUUACGAGACCUAGCUUUGCAAUGCGCGGAAUUUGAAAAAUAUAAAGCAAAUGUGAUGAAGCAUGACAUAUUUAGAAAUUUAACCAUCCAGGAAAUGAUAAAAAUUUCUAUUGCCAGUCAAAUAAGCAAAAAUGUUGUAGCAGAUACUAUAUAUAACUGUUUAGUUCCUGGUAGACUUGAAUCAGGAAAGCUUGGAUUUCCAGAUGCAAAAUUUCUAAAGGGUGGCAUUAUUGAAUAUAAAUUACUAGAUUUAAUUAAUGUCACUAACAAACAUAGACUUAUAGAGCUUAUAUAUAAGAUGAGCCUUGAUGGAGAUAAUGCCCCCAAAUAUCCCAUAGAUGUAACUGAACACAAAAUUACAUGUGUUUCGCCUUAUGUUUUAGAUGUACUCUAUAAAACAGUUUAUAGUGCACCUUGGUCAUUAGAAACAUUAGUUAAGGAGAUUCUUGAUAAGUUGAAACGUUUUGAUAAGGUUACUAAAACAUAUGCUGAGGGAGGAGCUCCGUUGUCUGAAACUGCUUUACGGUGGAAAGCAUCAAUUCUGCAGAUCCUUUGUCAUCGAUUUCAUAGAUUUUUGAAACAUUCUGCAAAGGCUCCUGAUUUAUUACACUAUAUAAAGUAUUCUGUUUCUUCUUUAGAACAUAGACAAACAUACCGUGAUGCAGAAUUGUUUGCUUUGCAUAUCAUGAUGAUGCAAACCGACGUCAAGUUUAUUAAAUCUUUGUCUGAUUCAAACCGAGAAAAGCAAAUCUGGUUUCCAGAAUCUGAACUACUGGCAAGAUAUAUGAUAUAUACCAUGGCACGUCUGAUAAAGCUAAGAGGUGUUGGUGACGUCCCGGAUAUGAUUAAUUUCAUUCUAGAAAUUUAUCCACAUCCGAUUCAGUGGUCAGACACAACAUUAAGCUUUUUCCCAGAACCGUUGAGAACGCAACUUGCAGCUCAACAAAUGGCAAUGGGAAUGACUGUUUCUUCUGUCUCUUUUACGGAUAAAGAUAUGAAUACCGCUUUGCAGGUUGGAAACCUUUUCAAACUGUUUAUGGAUCAGGCUCUUAAUUCGGAGGACGAGGCGACUCUUCAAGAACAUUACUCUAAACUUGAAAAUCAACCAAUAUUCUUAUGCUCUCUUUGGAAAAUUGGCUGUGCUCUGAGAAAAGUUUUACUACAAUUUCCUCCUUCCAGAAUGGCAACUUAUACCAUGACACUAAUUGACUUUAUCAUUGAAAUGAUAGAACGUGAUCCUAGCGGCAAUGGAUCACCAGUGGAAGUGUGCUACAAAAUGCUUGAUGAAUUGAUAUGGAAGUAUCAAAUUCUUGCUUUUGAACAUGUUCUUUUCGCGCUUGUCAAAGGGCAUAGUGAGGUUAAUACAACAGCAAUUGGAAUCCUAGAUUAUUUAUUGUUUAAAUCUGAAGAGUUUUCAGGAAGGGUUGAAUAUUUUAUAUUCUUGAAAUUUUCUCAUCGAUAUUGGACUGAGGAUGAUCAUCAUGAUAAAUUAACCAAAUAUCUUGAAAAAUAUCCUGAAUAUUUUCAAUAUGAGGCAUUUGCAAUGGAUGGUUAUGAAACUGUGAAUAAACCUUUGGAGCCACCAUUGGUAACAAAUAUGCCGAUUUAUUAUACAACAGCUAUUCGAAGAUCAUUACCAAUACUCGACAUAGUAAUUGGCAGAUUGAUUGAAUUCGGACAGCAAGAAAUGCUUGCUAAGCUGCUUGAUAAAUAUAGGCAACUUUAUAGAUAUCAUCAGACACCUCUUGCUUUCGUUAGGGAUCUUUUGCAUUAUUAUUAUUCUGCUCCAGCAUUGAGGGACCAAUCUAUUUCAACGAGAUUAAUCAAAUUACUUGUCUCACCUAUCAUUUAUUCAAAAACAGACUUCGAUGAAUACGACAUUGACUCUCAGUUAUUACAAUAUGGAUCCGGAAAUGACGGAUUUUUAGAAGAGCUUUUUGACGUUACCUACUUUGAAAAAAUUUUCCGAAAAUUAGCCGAUUUGAUGUCUCCAGAUACAUGUGCCCUCAAAACCGAUGACAAACUUCCAGAACGUCACUUUCGGGAGAUUCCAAAUCCUGUAGUACAGGCACUCCAUAUAGCUUGUAUAGAAGUGCUUGCAACGCCAAUACCGCCUGAUCAAAUUGUGAAAGACUCGUUGGAUAUUAUAACUUCUAUGAAUGGACGUAAGAAUAUGUCUGUCCAACCUAUGGUCAUGCAUGCUAUGGGCUUGUUGUACUCUUUCUUGCCUACUGAAGAUUUCGUAUAUCAGAUAUUUGAUAAGGUGGUGUUAAUUAUCACCACAGAUCCUCAUCUGAAAGAAUUCUCACAACCUUUUAAUUUGAUUCAACGCGAGCAAUCUCAACCAUCAUUAUCAUAUUUAGACCAUGCAUCAUACCAAUCAGAUCCAUUACAACCAUGGCCAUUUCUUCCUUCAACACGGGCUUUUUCGGCAAUGUUUCCCUAUAUUUUCAAUGAAUAUGCGUCUAAUCUUCAUAACUUUGGCACAACCGUUGCAAACAGUCUUCUCACAUUUAUACAUAGCUUAUUGCAUUACUCUAAUAUUGAUGAUAUACAAAUACUUCUUCACAGACUUUUAACUGUUGGUGAUAUUAAUACAGAUGUGCAAAUACUAUAUUUGUGUGCUUUAGUUGGGCCUGUGAUACAUAGAUUGUUGGAAAAUCGCAUAUUGGUUUUAACGAGCGUAAUUGAAUAUUCAUUUUAUAUAUUGCACAUCAUUCAAGUAUUGAAUAAUGUGACCUUAAAUAUGGAGUUAGUGAAUUGCGGAGACACAACACUUGCCUUAGAACAAAUUUAUGAUUUCUU